GCCCCAGGGACGCGGGCAGGGACUGCGACAGGCCCCACGCCCGGCUGUGGAGCAGCCUGGACACCGCUCAACAUGGGGAGACGCCUCAAGUUUCUGCAGAAACUGGCCUUCCUGGGUCAGGACCACCGGUACAAGGCGCUGGAAAGGGACGAGGUGGAGACCCUGAUUGAUGACCAGUGUGAGCUGAAAGCCAUCGAAAGAGAAAGGACUGUCACAGCUCUGCCACCCAGGGAAGCGUGUAAAUGCAGCAAAGAGGAUCUGGCCAGAGCCUUCCAUGUGGACCUGGACAGUGGUCUGUCAGAGAUGGCAGUGGCCCAGCGCAGGUUGGUCCAUGGCUGGAACGAGUUUGUCACUGAUAACGUUGAGCCUGUGUGGAAGAAAUACCUGGAUCAGUUCAGGAACCCCCUGAUCCUGCUGCUGCUGGGCUCCGCUGUGGUGAGUGUCCUCACCAAGGAGUAUGAGGACGCCAUCAGCAUCGCCCUGGCCGUGCUCAUCGUGGUGACAGUUGGCUUCAUCCAGGAAUACAGGUCGGAGAAAUCUCUGGAAGAGCUGACCAAGCUGGUGCCUCCAGAGUGCAACUGCCUGAGGGAUGGCAAGCUUCAUCACAUGCUCGCACGAGACUUGGUUCCAGGAGACAUCGUGUCCCUAUCUAUAGGAGACCGGAUCCCAGCUGACAUCCGACUCACUGAGGUCACAGACCUCCUGGUGGAUGAAUCCAGCUUCACAGGGGAAGUGGAGCCAUGCAGCAAAACAGACAGCCCAUUGGUGGGCAGUGGCGAUCUCAGCACCCUGAGCAAUGUGGUCUUCAUGGGGACACUGGUACAAUACGGGAAGGGAAAGGGAGUUGUGAUUGGAACUGGGGAGCAGUCUCAGUUCGGAGAAGUAUUCAAGAUGAUGCAGGCGGAAGAGACACCUAAAACCCCACUGCAGAAGAGCAUGGACAAGCUGGGCAAGCAGCUGACCAUCUUUUCCUUUGGCAUCAUUGGUUUCCUGAUGCUGGUUGGUUGGAUUCAAGGCAAGCCCCUUCUCAGCAUGUUCACCAUCGGGGUCAGCCUGGCUGUAGCAGCCAUUCCAGAGGGGCUGCCCAUCGUUGUCAUGGUGACUCUGGUCCUGGGAGUGCUGCGGAUGGCUAAGAAGAGGGUCAUUGUGAAGAAGCUGCCCAUUGUGGAGACUCUUGGCUGCUGUAAUGUCGUCUGCUCUGACAAGACAGGCACUCUGACAGCCAAUGAAAUGACAGCGACCCAGCUCGUCACAUCUGAUGGGGUCCACGCUGAGGUCAGUGGAGUUGGGUAUAGUGACGAAGGGACUGUGUGUCUCCUCCCAUCCAAGGAAGUAAUCAAGGGAUUCAGCAAUGUUUCGGUGGGGAAGCUGGUGGAGGCAGGUUGCAUCGCCAACAACGCUGUCAUUAGGAAGAAGACUGUGAUGGGACAGCCCACAGAAGGGGCCUUGAUGGUACUGGCCAUGAAGAUGAACUUAGGUGGUGCCAAAGAUUCUUUCACUCGGAGAAAAGAGAUUCCCUUCAGUUCAGAGCAGAAGUGGAUGGCGGUGAGGUGCAGCCCAAAGAAUGAGGAUGGGGAAGACAUUUACUUCAUGAAGGGGGCCUUUGAGGAAGUGAUCCAUCACUGUAGUAUGUAUAACAAUGGGGGCAUUCCCCUGCCUCUGACGCCCCAACAGAAGUCCUACUGGCUGCAGGAAGAGAAGAGGAUGGGAUCGCUUGGCCUGCGGGUGCUGGCCCUGGCGUCUGGGCCCGAGCUGGGGAGACUGACAUUCCUGGGUCUUGUGGGCAUCAUCGACCCCCCGAGGGCUGGUGUGAAAGAAGCAGUUCAGGUGCUCUCUGAGUCUGGUGUGUCAGUGAAGAUGGUGACCGGAGAUGCUCUAGAGACAGCCUUGGCCAUAGGAAGAACCAUCGGCCUGGGCAAUGAGAAGCUGAAAGCCAUGUCUGGGGAGGAGGUGGAAGGCAUGGAGCAGGACGCACUGGCUGCCCGAGUGAGGCAGGUAUCUAUAUUCUUCAGGACCAGCCCGAAGCACAAGGUUAAAAUCAUAAAGGCAUUGCAGGCAUCAGGGGCCAUUGUGGCCAUGACUGGGGAUGGUGUGAAUGACUCAGUUGCCCUGAAGUCUGCGGACAUUGGGAUAGCCAUGGGCCAGACAGGGACGGAUGUCAGCAAAGAGGCUGCCAACAUGAUUCUGGUGGACGACGACUUCUCAGCCAUUAUGAGUGCGGUGGAGGAAGGAAAAGGCAUCUUCUACAACAUCAAGAACUUUGUCCGCUUCCAGUUGAGCACGAGCAUCGCUGCCCUGAGCCUCAUCACUUUAUCCACCGUGUGCAACCUGCCCAGCCCCCUCAAUGCCAUGCAGAUCCUGUGGGUGAACAUCAUCAUGGAUGGGCCGCCAGCACAGAGCCUGGGGGUGGAGCCUGUGGACAGAGAUGCCCUGCGGAGGCCUCCACGGAGCAUCAGGGACACCAUCCUGAACAGAGCCCUGAUCCUGAAGGUCCUCAUGUCAGCUGCCAUCAUCAUAGGAGGAACCCUCUUUAUCUUCUGGAGAGAGAUCCCAGAGAAUGGGACCAGCACCCCACGCACCACCACCAUGGCCUUCACCUGCUUCGUGUUCUUCGAUCUCUUCAACGCCCUAAGCUGCCGCUCUCAGACCAAGCUGAUAUUUGAGAUUGGCUUCUUCCGGAACCGCAUGUUCCUGUACUCGGUCCUUGGGUCCCUUCUCGGGCAGCUGGCCGUGAUCUAUGCCCCACCCCUGCAGAAGGUCUUCCAGACUGAAAACCUGAGAGCUCUUGACCUGCUGCUGUUAACUGGCCUGGCCUCGUCCGUCUUCAUUCUGUCAGAGCUGCUCAAGCUGUGUGAAAAGUUCUGCUCUGGAGCCAGGACCACCCAGACGCUCCCAGAUGCUGUGUAAAGGAAACACUACAGCCCUGAGUGACCUUGCAUGCCUGUGGUCUGUCCACUCCAAGGGGCAGAUUUUAGGAGCACACAGCAUCAGGACCCUGGCUCCACAUUCUGUCCCUGCUGGGAUGCACGGGACAGGAUGGAGCUUACUAAAACAUGGCACUAUUUAUUAAACCACUGUGUUUUUUAUUUAA